AUCGCUCAUACGGUUGCUGUAGUCGACUGCUUGUAAUUUUCAUGGGGUGGCGCUUGUCUGCGCUCUCGGUGCGAGUCGUGCUCACGCGCACUGCGUUAAUCGUCUUAUUAUAGCGGACCGUACAGGAAGUCAACCUGAAAUUGGUCUAAAUGCCGCUCAUUUCGAACGCUAUUACCAUAAACCUCCAGUGAUUACCGGGGACCAUAAGUGAGACUCCGAGGCUGUCUCUAUGGGUCUUCAAUGGAUGCAUUCAACAUUCCCUUUAAUCCGGAUAAUAGCGACUCCUCGACCGACCCUGAGCCCGCUGCGACACUCCGACCCUCGAGUCUUAACCCCGCUGUCUCUCGUUACUGGACGGCAGUAUUUGACUACGAUGCUACUGCAGACGAUGAACUCAGCUUGCGCAGGGGAGAUGUGGUGGAGGUGUUAUCCAGGGACUCCAUGGUGUCGGGGGACGAGGGAUGGUGGACUGGGAAGAUCGAGGAGCGCGUCGGCAUAUUCCCAAGUAGCUACGUGUGCUUUGGCCGAGACGCAUUGAGGGCCAGGAGGGCCGAGCAACCUCCCCUGCACCUUUUGGAAAUUGAUUUUACUGAGCUGGUCCUGGAAGAGAUUAUUGGAGUUGGUGGUUUUGGAAAAGUGUAUAGGGCUGUUUGGUGUGGUGAAGAAGUGGCAGUCAAGGCAGCCAGAAGAGACCCAGAUGAAGAAGUUGACCAGACGCUGGAAAAUGUCCGACAAGAAGCAAAGCUUUUUGCAAUGCUGCGGCACCCUAACAUUAUGGGUCUGUGUGGAGUUUGCUUGCAAGAGCCCAACCUUUGCCUUGUCAUGGAAUAUGCUCGUGGGGGUUCUCUCAAUCGGGUACUGUCAGGAAAAAGAAUUCCUCCAAAUGUGCUUGUUGACUGGGCUGUACAGAUUGCAAGAGGGAUGCACUACCUACAUUGUGAGGCCAUCGUACCCAUUCUACACCGUGACCUCAAGUCCAGCAACAUCCUGAUCCUGGAAAAAGUGGAGAAUGAGGACCUGGGAAACAAGACCCUCAAGAUUACCGACUUUGGACUGGCACGAGAAUGGCACCGCACUACAAAGAUGAGUGCAGCAGGCACCUAUGCCUGGAUGGCACCUGAGGUCAUUCGUUCAUCCACCUUCUCAAAGGGCAGUGAUGUUUGGAGCUAUGGAGUGUUGCUCUGGGAGUUGCUUACUGGAGAGGUGCCUUUCAGAGGAAUUGAUGGUCUUGCUGUUGCCUAUGGAGUGGCUAUGAACAAACUUGCACUCCCCAUCCCAACAACAUGUCCGGAACCCUUUGCUAGACUAAUGGAGGACUGCUGGAACCCUGACCCUCAUGCCCGACCAUCGUUCACAAGUGUACUGGACCAACUUACUACCAUUGAGGAAUCUGGCUUUUUUGAGAUGCCCUCCGAAUCCUUCCACUCACUUCAGGACGACUGGAAACUGGAAGUCCAAGAGAUGUUUGAGCAGCUCCGAGCAAAAGAGAAGGAGUUGUGCUCAUGGGAGGAGGAGCUAAGCCGUGCUGCAAUGCAACAGAAAAACCAAGAGGAGGCACUACGAAGAAGAGAGCAAGAGCUGGCUGAGCGUGAGAUUGACAUCUUGGAGAGAGAGCUCAACAUCAUUAUUCAUCAGUUAUAUCAGGAGAAGCCACGGGUUGAGAGGCGCAAGGGUAAAUUCCGCAGGAGCCGACUUAAAAUUCGAGAUGGGAAUCGCAUUAGCUUGCCUUCAGAUUUUCAGCACAAGAUAACAGUGCAAGCAUCCCCAACACUGGACAGAAGAAAAAGUUUAUUAAGUAGUAGCUCGAGUCCUCCAGCUAGUCCUACUAUCAUACCUCGUCUUCGAGCCAUCCAGUUGACUCCAGGUGAUAGCAGCAAGGCCUGGGGACGCAAUGUUGCAUUCCAAGCAGAUGGUGAUGAGGAAGACAAAAGAUGCCACAAGAAGAAGAGCAGAAUGUGGGGUCCUGGGUCAGGGCCAGGGCCAGUACCUGUGGGAAACAAGGAAACUGCUGAAGAGUGCCUCAGAGUUCUAAUUGAUGCAAAUAAGCAGUGGUCUACAAGUACUCCGAAUCUGGGGAGAUCACCACACAGCAGCCCUGCUAUUCAGUGUGUGCAGAGUCUCACAGAGAUAGAGAAUAAAGAUGUUUGUUCGAUGAAACCAAUGGAGAACAUAGCUCCUUCACCUACACCUGCUGGUUACUCUUACCUUUGUAUUCCAUUCCAAAGGACUACAGAAGAUGAUGGAUAUGUUGUGGAAGGCAAUGGGGAACAUGCUCCCCCUCCUGGAUCUACACCCGGUACUCCUGUCAAUAGUUUAAAAAGAAGUCCUACACAAGCUCGUAGGUCUGAACUUGUAUUUCUUGGUUGUGGAGCACUGUUAGCUGCUGUGGGUCUUGGGUUCAAUCUUUUGGGAAUGAAUAAACAAGGAAAUUACCAGGAAAAUAGACAAUCAAGAAAGGAAAGCUUUUUUCAUUGCUCUGGAGUUCCUCCGACUCGCAAGCUGUUUCGAAAAGACACUUGCCAUCACCCUCCUCCCCAGACUGUGGAUCGACCCUUCCCAUCAUCUCUCACUCUUUUGUCCUUGUCAUCUUUGUCUGACUGUAACUCAACACGUUCUCUUCUGCGCUCUGACAGUGAGGAGCUGCUUGUGUAUCUCCAGCCUAGUGAACUGGAAAAACCAGAGUCCAAGCCCAUUGCAAAACCCAACCCCCUUGUCAAUACUCAUUUGGAAAGUUUUAAACGUAAUCCUCAUCAGUCUCUCACCCCUACACAUAUCCCCUUGGCUUCAAGUGCCAUUCGGCGUCUUCGACGGACACCUUCAGAUGGAGCCAUCAAGCAAGAAUGUCCAUGUGAUGGAGACAGAAGUAAUGUAUUGAGAGCUUCCAUCCCAAAACCCAACAACAUGGAGAUACCACGGCUGCCUGAUCCAAACUUGGUUUUUCCACCAACCCCCCGUCGUCGUGCACCAUCUUUACAUGACUCUACUCCGGAGCGACCCAAGACCUUGGACUUUCUUUCCCGACCACGUCCAACAGCAGCUUGUCGCCCCCGCCCUGACUCUUGGCAGCUCAUGUCUCCUCGCAGAGGAAAUAGCGAUUCCCCAGCACACAGCUCAAGCACUGGUACUCCUCCAACAGUGGACCAUUGUUGGAGUGGGACUGCUGGCAACAGUGCAGGUAGUGGUGGCAGUGCCCCUGAGGAAAGGCCAGGACUAGCCUGUCAGAUAUUACCACCGCCAUCUUCCUGCCAACGUACUCUACUAGACCUGGAUGCAGAGGGUCAGAACGAAGAUGGAACUCUUCCCCUCUGUAUGGCAGAAAACUGCACUCCUAAACCUUCACCUUACUGGCUCAAGGAGGACUUUUGGUCUUAGCAUGUCUUCCCUACUCUCAUUUUAAUGAGCCUCGCACUGGGAAUGCACUUUCUGAAUAUUUAUUCAUAUAUGUCUGUAUGUAUGCAUUUAUUUAUGUGUUUAUCAAAAUUAGUUAGUACUUUCCCUUUUCUUCUUAGGUCCAAAAUAUUGUACAGCUGAGCAGCUGUUGCCAAGUUCAAGCGCAAGAACUUGCUGCAAGAGCACAGAAAAGUGUUAUAAUUGACGAUAUAUAAGCAUAAAGCAAAGUAUCCAGUCAGUAUUUCAAAAUGGUGAUGUUAUCUACCACUGCAUUAACCAUUUACAUCCACUUUCCUUUGUAAUCAGAUGCAAAUAACUUGGCUUUGUAGUCUGCUAGUGGCAAAUCAUUUUAACAUAUUUACAUAAACAAAAAUAUACCAGAGGCCUCUUAGUCAACUGCUACAAUAGUUCUUAGAUAUUUUAUGUGAACAAUAAAUCUUCAAGGGGGUAGCACAGCCAUCUCACAGGUCCAAGUCCUGUACCUAGUUGUUGUCUGUAUGGAGUUUGUACAUUCUUCAUUUGUCUGUGUGGCCUUUCCUCCAUGUGCUCAUAUUUUCCUCCCUCUUGCCCCAAGUCAGGGGUGCCCAAUGCGUCGAUCGCGAUCGACCAGUAGAUCGCAAAGGUAGUGCAGGUGGAUCGCAUUGC